AUGGGCAGUCGCGGACCCCAGCCACAAGAAGACAAUCGGGAAGCCCGCAGGCAGCAGCUUCAAGCAGAGCGAGCGGAGGAGGGCAUGGGCAGUCGCGGUCCCAAGCCGAUCGCCACCGAAGUCCAGCACCCGUUCCCGGACGAAGAUGUGCUCACAUCGGAGAAGGCGCAGGCCAACUACCUGGCGUUCACACGGAGCUGGGGCCGAUUUGGCCUGUCGAGGGUUCUUCUCGACAAGCUCCCGGCCGGCGGCCCAAGCGCACAGUGGGGUCGCAUGUACGCUGUGCUCAUGGAGGAUCCGCUCAUUUGCGAUGUCUUGGAAGGAGCUGCUCUCGAGGACGAUGGCACCAUCUUCGUAGAAGGGGCCCAGGGCAUGACGCCUUCGCCAGCUCGUUUGGACGCAGUGCACAGAGCUUUGCAAGAGUUGAAGGCACAAUAUCGCCUCUACAAAGCGAACCCAGCGGUGGACAACAUCCUUGCGAGAAUGGCAGCCAUUCAAAACCAGGAAGCCCCCCAAGGGCGCCAAACGGGGGAGUCCGGUGGCUCAGACUCCUCGGCCUUGGGGGUCCAAGUGCUGCAAUCACCUCACGAGGAAGGGGAAGGGGAGCUGGAGGUCGAAUAUUUGAUUCCGAAGGAGUUCAGAGUCCCCAAACCCGAGACCCUGGAACUGCAGAAGGCCCGGGGCAUUUCAGCGCUCAGCGACGACAUGGACACAAAGUUCUUCCCGCACUUGUUUCCUACCGGUACGGGCGGGUGGCAAAACCACUAUAGCAGUUUCUCACAAUAUUCCCGCAAGCGUCUUUUGGGCCUGGACCCGCGCUUUGAGUCGUCGGCGCCGUACAUCAUGUGGCUUUUAGAGAUGCACACAAAGAAGCGGCUUUCGGGCAACAUCAACGUGCGCAUCAGCAGCCAGCAGGCCCCGCAAGGAAAGACCAGGUACCACGACGGCAAGAGUCAGGUGUUCACGGCCCUCAGGGACAUCCCCGGAACCCAUCCCUACGUCUAUGCGAAGAAAGGAGUUGCCCUGAACAUGUACGAGCAGCUCGGCGCCCCCAAGUUCUUCUUGACUCUGUCUUGCAACGCAAGGCAGUCGGAUAUACUCAUUGCUGUCAUAUCAGCGCGCCUUCUGCGGCUGCGGCCCACCAGCCCUCCGGAAGAGAUCGAAUGUGAUGCGGCUGAAAUCUUGCAGCGCUACCAGUCGGACCAGCACUUCAGGUGGGAUGGGCUCUCGCCCAACCAGCUCUGUAAUCAGCACCCGGCCAUUGUAUCAAGACAGUUCAUGCACCAAGUGAGCCAGCUCAUAUGGUGGUUGGGCGCCAAGCGUGAUACGCCUUCGCAUCUGGACCAAAACGGCGAUGCCCAGGAUGAGCCAGAGGAGCAGAGCGAAGACUUCCUCCAGGCCCCGGCCACAGACAGCGCAGGCCGACACCGCGGCGUUCGCAAGGAGCAUCCUCCCUUCAGGGUCCUCGAGUACAUCAUCCGGAUCGAGUGGCAAAAGAGAGGCUACCCGCACGCUCCCAUCUUGCUUUGGGUGGAGGAGUGGGAGACGAAAGAACGAGGCGGUCCAAAAGACGCAGAGAAGGCCAAGGAGCAGGAAGCGCCAGCAAGCAUCCCCAAACAUGAAAAGAGGGCCAAGCCGGCGGAGAAAGCACCAGACCCAGACUGGUUGGAUGAGGAGGCCAUGAAGGAGUUCGUUCCCAAAUCUGUAGAAGACUGGAGCGACAAAUAUAUCUGCACCAAAUCGCCUUAUUCAUGGCGGGCGUCGGCCAAGAUCUCGCCACGUGACAGAGAGGUCAACGCGUAG